GGAAUCCCUGUAAGUUUCGGUAAAGGCGGCUUGGUGGAAUCGUCCUUCCUCCCUCACCUGUUCAGUUUCAGGUUGUGGUCUCACACCUACACGGCACGGCGCGGCCAAAAUGGAGGAUUUACCUGUGUGAGGGAAAACAAGUGCAGACAAGACCGCCAAGAAACGCGCUUACAGAUGUUUUGUCGAGUUUCUUAAGAACGAGUGUUUUAAGUGAUUUUAAAUCAGUUUUAGGUUGUUUUUUUAUUUGCCUGCUGUAGAAGAGCGUGUGCCAAAAAAUGCGCUUGUUAUUUGUGAUCCUUAUCAUCUUCGUGGUAACAGGUUUUACCUCAGGAGUCAAUGUUAACUGCCCGGUGAAGCGCUAUGUGGUCAUUCUCUUCCAGCCGGUCACGCUGAGGUGUGAUUACACUACUACAGCAACAGUGCCCCCCCUUAUCACCUGGAAGUAUAAGUCUUUCUGCAGAGAUCCGAUCCAAGCUGCCCUGAACCCGGGCAGUGCGGAUAAUGCUAUCGCCCAGGCCAACCCCAACUACAACCCCAACAUCGAAUGUUCAGACAGUUCAAGAACUAUACGCAUUGUGGCUUCUAAGCAGACCUCAGUCACACUGGGAACUGAAUACCAGGGCCGCAAGAUCAGCAUUAUUAACAAUGCUGACCUCAACUUUGCUCAGACUGCAUGGGGUGAUAGUGGUGUGUAUGUGUGCAGUGUUGCUUCUUCCCAGGAUCUCUCAGGAAAUGGCGAGGACUACACCGAACUCAUUGUUCUGGAGAGAAAGUCAAAUACUACAGACCUGCUGCCUGGCAUUGACUUACUGAUCAUGGAAGAUUGGUUGUUGGUAGUGUUGGUGGUGCUUGGCUUCUUGUUGUUGCUUCUCUUCAUUGGGAUCUGUUGGUGUCAGUGUUGCCCUCACACAUGUUGCUGUUAUGUGAGCUGCCCAUGUUGCCCAGAACGCUGCUGCUGCCCAAGAGCAUUGUACGAAGCAGGUAAAGCUGUGAAGGCUGGACUUCAUAGCCAGUAUGCAGCCACUAUGUAUGCUCCUAGUGGGUAUGGACAGCCAGUGUAUGUUGGAGGGCCAUCACCACCCAUCCCAAUGCUCCCCAUGCCUCAGGGUGUCGGUGUUCCCCCCUCUAAUGGCUAUGGGAGAGAGUAUGACACAGCCAGCUCAGUUGGUCAUGGAUCACAGGUACCAUUGCUACAUGACCAUGAUGGCGGAGCAGGCCAGACCCGCAGUGGAUACCGCAUCCAGGCUAAUCAGGAUGGGAAUCCUACUCGUUUGCUAUACUAUAUGGAACGAGAACUGGCCAAUAUAGACCCCAGUCAGCCUGGAGGUGUCACAGGCAAAUACGGUCACAAUGAUGGUAUGAGUGAGAUCAGUUCCCUGCAUGAUGGUGGAGACCCUCGUAAUCGUGGACGAUCUAGGCCUCCUCAGCUAAACACGGUGUUUGAUGAUGAAAACAUGAGCACCAUCAGCAGCGUAUCUCAGAACAUGCGGAGAGAUGAGCCCAGAAGAGGUGGCGGAGGUGGUCCAAGUCGUGGCCGUGCUCGUUCCAUGGACAAUCUUGACGAUAUUGUCCGAAAUGACAGAGACCGCGAUUAUCACUCUAGAGGAGGCAGAAGAGGUUCUGACGAUGAAUGGAGCAGCAGUGCACGUGGAUAUGACCGUGUCGCAGAUGACCGUCGUCGUGACUAUUCGCCUGACAGUCGCUUCCGCAAUGAUCCUCGGGGGGUCGGCUUACAGGGCCGCCGCAGUCGUAGCCGUGAUGAUUUGAUGGAUCUGGAACGUGCUCGUGGUGGCAGAGGCCAGGAUGCAUAUGAUGACAGUUUCCUGCGGGAGGCAAUGGAGAGGAAGAAGAUGGGUGAGCAGCAGCGGGCCCGGAGCCGUGAGCGCCUAGACAGUGACGAGCGCUCAGAUCGCUCCAGGGGAGGACGUGGGGGGCCACCACCACUCCCUCUCAGCAGGCCUGCAGGCAAUCCCGACCAUCGGCAUGCCAACACCAGCUUCCCACCUCCACCCUCCUACACAGAGGAUACAGACAGCUUAGCAUCGUCCAAGAAAAGCAAUCUCCGCAAGAACGGAGCCGUGAGUCGUGAGAGUCUGGUGGUGUGAAACAAGUGAUUGCAGUCACCGUUGGUGUGUACAUUGUUUUAUAAGUUUGUGGUUUUCAGUGUCAGUUGCUGAAUGUUUAAUGUGGUGGUACUAAAUGGGGAGGUACAUGUGUGUGAAUACAAUUUUAAUUGAGACGAAGUCUUAUGACUUAAUGCAAUGUUACUAUUUCAAUAGUUUUACAAGUUUUUAUGUGAUGGAUUUAUAGCUGAAGUCGCUGUUCAUGUUUUAUAAUUAUUAAUAGUGCAUUUUUAAAGAACUGUUUUUCCAUUUUUAAUAUUAUACAUAAAAUAUCCAGGUAACACUAAGACUAGGCGGUAAAUAUGCACUUAACAAGCUUUGCAUUUUAUGGCUUAGCAACUGAACUGUAAAUGUGUACAAAUUAUAAUGAAAACAAUUUCACAGAUCUUUGUAUUUACUGUAAAGAUUUUCCCACGGUUCAGAUUUAGUUUCAGUGUGACAGAAAUCACUUCUCUGUAUUGCAAGUUUUAUGGUUUUGAAAAGAAAUUACCUCUUUUCACAAUGUUGUACGUAAGUUUUCGAAAGUCUUUAUUUUACCUUUUUUUUUUUUUUUUUUUUUUUUUAAACCAGACAUGUAAAUUACUUUCAUACAUUUUUAGUAAUUUGUUAUGGAACUGUGAUCAUGUGAUUCAUUUGCUAAUGCUAUAUAAAUCACUUUAUAAUAAAUUCUUUCUAUAUAAAAUAAAUUUCAUAUUGUUUAUAGUAAACAAAACAGGCUUGCUAUGUAUUUUCUUUUGCUGCCACUAGGUGGGGGUAAUUUUCCUUUAAAACCUGUGUGUUGAGUUUUGUAGCUGAAUGUAAUUGGACCUACAGCUUAUAGAUCUCUUUGCCCCCAGUCACUUUCAUUAUCACAGAUGUAUCAAAGCUUUCCAUGUUGAUGUUAGGUUUGUAUUUCUGGAUUUGCGUAAAGGUGUCCUAGCACUUAGCUAUCGAAUAAUUGAGAAAUAAAAAAUAUUUUAUUUGAAUUUACUUGCACCAAGCUGUUGAAGUGUUCAUAGAAGUAGUUAAUUAAAACUGCAGUUUUAGAACAGUAGUCUAUCAACAACUAUCAUAUUUUAAACUAUUUAUAAGUGGGACUCAUUUUACAGAAAAAAAUACAUAAUACAUAAAUUUAAUUUAAUGAAUAGAAUGAGCUUAAAUCCAGCACACUGGUAAGAGAUAAAGUGCACUUUGUACCAUAACAAUGUGUGUUGUUCAGUGUUAUGUCAAAUAAUAAAUAUCCCUUAACCUUC